UUUAUAGAUCGAAGGUGCUACUGUGGAGCAUAGUGCUGUUUAAUGCCGUGUUUUACUUUAAAUUUCUCAUGAAGGAAUCACUUUUUGUAAAAGAGUCGUAUUACUAGUUAGACCCACUGCCGCCCGAUAGCACAGCACUUGGUACUGCACGUGCACUGGAUUCCUUCCUCCAUGCCCUUUCCAUGGUCCACUUAGCCCAAGUGGACUCCCUGACGUCCAACAAGGCUUAUGGUCCACUGUGCAAGCUGACUGCUGUCGAGUGUUGUGAGUGCGGUUAGCAUAGCCAGGUGGACUCAUACACUGACUGCACAUCAGUUGUAAUGACUGCCAUCAAACCUGGACAAGAGCAUCAGCUCUGUAUAAUCUGAUCUUGUGUGUAUCUCACAACCCACAAUGCUGAGCGUGCUGCCUGUGUUUGCUUAAGGACAGCCACCCGACUGCAUCAUGGGUAUACAAGGAUUACUGCCAUUCCUGAAAGAUGCUACCCACCGCAUCAACGUCAGGCAGUACAGCGGCUACACUGUGGCAGUGGACACCUACUGCUGGAUCCAUAGAGGGGCAUUUGGCUGUGCCAUGCAGCUGGCCAAAGGAGAACAGACAGACAUGUAUGUGCGCUACUGUCUAAAGUUUAUCAACAUGCUACUCUCCAUGGAUAUCAAGCCCAUACUGGUGUUUGACGGAAGCCACCUGCCAGCCAAGAGAGCUGUGGAAGAAAGUAGGAGAGAGAGACGUGAGCUUUACAGCAAGAAAGGAAAGCAGUUCCUCAGGGAAGGCAAAGUAUCAGAGGCCAGGGAUUGCUUCACCAAGUGCAUCAAUGUCACCCCAGCUAUGGCACUGGAGGUCAUGAAGGCUGCCCGAUCAUUGGGCGUUGACUGCAUAGUGGCACCGUAUGAGGCAGACGCCCAGCUGGCGUACUUAGCAAUCAGUGGCAUUGCACAGGCAGUCAUCACUGAAGACUCGGACCUGGUGGCCUUUGGGUGCCCAAGGAUAAUCUACAAGCUUGACUUGAAUGGCAACGGUCUGGAGAUUGCCUCCUCCAGGUUGAACCAAGCAAUGAAGAUUGGAGAUCGGUUCUCACCUGACAAGUUCCGCUACAUGUGCAUAGCAUCUGGCUGCGACUACCUGGCCUCUCUGCCCGGAAUCGGACUAGGGAAGGCCAAGAAACUCUUCCAGCAUGCAACCAAUCCAGACAUCACUCAUGUUCUCAAGCGGCUGCCCAUCCACCUCAAGAUGAAGCUGACGGUCCCACCAGAGUACAUAGAGGGUUUCCUUCGAGCUGACAACACCUUCCUGUAUCAGUUAGCCUUUGACCCCAUCAAGUGUCGACUGGCUCCCGUACAUCCUUACAGUGCUGAUGUGGACAAAGACCAGUUAACUUAUGCUGGGACCUACUAUUCAGCUGACAUUGCCUUGCAGCAAGCACUCGGUAACGUCGACCCCAACACAAAGAAACAGAUAUUUGACUUUCAGCCUGAGUACAGAAAGCCUUAUGACAAGUCUGUCCCCAGACACAAGCUCAGCAUAUGGCACAAGGACUACCGUCCGGGACCAGGCUUUGUCGAGGAAAGCCAGAGUGAGGUUCGAAGACCUACAACGAAAGGGAAGGAGGUGGAGCUGUUGGUCAGUGGUCUGAGGCUGACCGGUCAACAACGUAAACGACCGAGGCCAGACGCAGAUGAAGACACGCCCACCAUUGAGGAUCUGACGUCCAUCUAUGGAUCCCCACAAUCGAAGAGACAUUCGUCCGACCAAGGCCUUGUGGUGCCCGAAACACCAGAAUCUGAGGAUAGGGUACAAGGGAAAGCCAGUCCCCGUUGUCGGAACCCCUUCUCCAAGGAGGGCCUGUCCAGCAAUAGUUCGACAAGGUCGGGGAUGGCAUUUGGUGCCAAGGAGCGUGUCAUCAAAACCCUCACCCGACGGAACAUUUUUGCCAAGGGUCGGACGGGUUCAAGUGCUAGGCUGGACCUGUUGAAGUCAAAUACAGUCGUCACAAGCAGAUUUUUCAUGGCACCAAACCUAAAAAUGCAAGAGGAGACAGCAAAACCUGAUGAAAGUAACCUUGUGAAGGACUCUUUGUCUGUUAAUAGCCCAUCACCCUCUGUCUUGGAGACUGGUGAUUCUCUAGAUGAAACUAAUGAAGAUGAUGCAACAUCGGUUACAGAGAAUACAAGCAGUAUGAUUUACUCGGAGGUGGAAACAGGGUUUGAAGCGUCAGCCUUGAACAAGCUGCAGCGUUUUCAAAGAGCCACGUCAGCACCUGCGUUGCCAUUUAGUCAGAGCUCUAAAGCCUCGUCUACCUCGCUAACUAAAGAGACCAUCAGAAACCACCCAUCGGGAUCUCAGGAACUUAGUAGGGAUUCGCAGCCAGAGUUGGAGUCGAAAUCAAAUCAGGUCAGCUCUCAGGAGAGCUUCCGUACCUCAGUGAUGACAGUUACCAAGAGCAGGACAGGAGCGUUCAGUUGGACUAGAAGAAGGGCGUCAGUAGCCACUUCUACGGACGAGCGGAGGAAGGGGACUUUCAGAAGUCUGAGCGACUUCAGGAGGCAGACGGCUACGCUGAAGCUUGAGUCUAGCAACACCCAUAGCCAGGAGGGCUCAAAUGAUGCAGGGUCCUCCCAGGAGAGUAUGUCUCAGGGAAGCAAUUCAAUGAGCUUGGAAUCCCAGGAGAGCAAUUUGUACAGCAUUGACACUGAUUCACUCACCCUCAGUCAGUUCAGUGACCAAACUAGCCGUGAGGAGAACAACUCAAAGAUGCACUUCCAGCAAGAGAUAAACCCAUCACAAGUGGAUCAAGAUGAUAUUGUAGAUACGAGUGGAGAGACACCAAGGCAGAGUAACCGUUUCAGUGGAUCCGCAGGAAGAGAGGAACAUCUUAGGAUAAACCAUGGGCAUUCUUGUGAGGAUGUUUCCUCAAGCCAAAAAUUUGACUUGGACGUCGUAACUGACGCUCUUGGCAGUACUCAGAACUCAGAUGGUGAUUUGCAAAAUCAGACAGAGAAUGUAAGAGACACGACAUCUUCUGAACGUUCAGAAUCUGCAUCUCCAGAAAGCCAAGGGAAGGAAACAGCAUCAUUGUUGGUCCACAAGGAGGAAGAAUUCAUUGAUCUGACCUCAGAGAAUGUACCUCCAACACAAAAACCCAAACCAGACACUUCUACCAGGAAGAUAAAGGUGAAGAGCAGUUCUGACUUGGGAGACACACCGACACUUCCUGUCUUUCCUAAACUUCAACCAGACUCUACCAAGCUUAGCCAGUGCAAGGCUUCAGGUCUGUCCAGACGCCAGAGAAGCAAGCCAACUCCAAAGGCAGAUGAGAAUAGAGUCAGUGGUACCAGACAGCAGACACUGUUUGCAUUCAUGAAGAAAAGCAGUGAGCAAAGGAAAGAUCCCAAUUCCACACUACCUCUGUCACCCUCCAAACAGAACAUCAUUUGUGACGUGACACCUGAGAGCGAUAACAGUCUCUGCAGCAAGGGAAUUGUACGUGUCCAACGAAACAUAUUCCAGUGAACAGUGGAGACUCUCCAGUUCCACGCAGGUGGUGACCAAAGAUUGUAUAGCACCGCAUAGCGGCGUAAGGUGGAGAACUCAGCCAAAAAGGCGUUAUCACCCAUGGCUGCCAUUUGAGUGUGAAUGCCAUAGGGGCAGGCAUACUGGGUGUGCGUGCCUGCCACGGUAUUCCUACCCAAAUGGCGCCCAUGGGAUAACGUUUUACGCAUAUUCACAGUGAAGUUGUCCACCUUGUGCCACUAUGCGGGCCUAUAUGAUCUUUGGUGGUGAAAUGUCGCCCUCAAGAGGUGGAAACUGGGAUAAUUUUGACAGGCCUUCCCAACCAUACAGCUCUUAAUUAAUGCAGAGUCUAACAAAAAAGGUGCUCCAUUCAAGGAUUAUUCUCCUUUGAACUUUUAGAUAUAUGUUGCUGUAAUUCCACGCUAUAUGUCAGUCUCUGAGCUUGUACUAUACAUCUAUGCAUGGGUUCAAUGUAUGCCGAGAGAAACAUGUAAUAGCAAGUCACAAACUCACAAGUGAUGUGCAAAUGUGCUCUUCAUUGAUUAACUGCAGCUCUUGCUGACAUAAAAUAGUUUCUCGGUGAAAAUUUUGCCGUGGUCCUAACUUGGCAGUGCACUACAUGACUUCAGUAUUUCCAGAUUGCUGAGGAGUUUUCCUUUUUGCAAUCGCAUGUAGAAAUCAGGGAUUUCGUUACUUGUCAGGUUGGUUAUAAGAGAGAUAUUUGAAAUGCACAGGACAAGCCAAACAAAUAUACAGCCAUUCUGAAUUUGUAACAUUAUUUAAAUCAUUUUAGCACAAAAAGUAUUGUAUUCACUUCUGUGUUUGGCAAGUACUUCAGAUCUCUAAUGCUUUUCCAGGUUCAACUUGUUUUUGUUAUCAGUGCAAAGAUUAUUUUGAAAAUGCUCAAAAAAUAAGUAUUUCUGUUUGUGUUGUUGAAUUUUAAUCAAAUGGCAAACUCCAAAUGACGAUCAUAGCCAGCAAAACCUGGUCAGAGAAUCCACACAGUCUAGCCAGGGAAAAGAAUGAAAAAUGCUGAGACAAAAUAAGCUAGAAGUAAUUUUUUAAUAUACAAUGUACAUACAUCUAGGGCCAUCAAUUAUAAAAUGUAUCCUGUAUCCAACAUAAAAGUUGUUCCUACAAGAGUAAUUUAUAAAAUGACCCAAAAAGAACAUAUGCAUACCUGUGUGCCUAAGUGCAACAGGUGUAUCUUCACUGAAACAAUGGGCCGUCAAAAUAUUUUAGAUGAAGAAAAUGUAAGUAAAAUUAAAAGGUUAAUACAAUAAAUACUCUUCGGUUUUAGCAGUACUAAACAAGUCAACAAAAAGCCUUGGAGGCCUUUUGAAUUAAGUUUUCUUAAAGCAGAAAAUGAAAAGCCCCAGGAUCGCAAACAUUUCUGCAAUGCUCUGUGGCCAGUGUUUUUAAAAUGCCUAGAGUUUACAGGGAAAGUAUUAAAACUUUGAAGCACA